GCCAGAUCUCUUAAGCUAGCUAUUAGCCAAUCAGUUGAUCGGACACUUCAACGCAGAGAAGGAAAAAAGCGGUUGGUGAGAGUCCAAAUUCAGAUUCCAAAUAUAAUUAAAAAAAAAAAAAGAAGAUUCUUGCUCCACCCCCAAAGGCCAAAACACAUUUCAGAUCAAUCGGAGAUGGGCGGAGAUGGCAAAGUUUUCACCUUGGCCGAGGUUUCUCAGCACAGUAGCACCCAAGAUUGUUGGAUCGUCAUCGACGGCAAGGUCUAUGAUGUGACAAAGUUCUUGGACGAUCAUCCUGGUGGUGACGAGGUGAUCUUGACUUCUACAGGGAAAGAUGCAACAGAUGAUUUUGAGGAUGUCGGACACAGUUCUACUGCAAAAGCCAUGCUAGAUGAGUACUAUGUGGGUGAUAUUGACUCAGCCACUGUCCCAGCUAAAACCAAGUUUACUCCUCCUCCAAAGCAGACCGAGUCUAACCAGAACAAGAGCUCCGAUUUUGUCAUUAAGAUCCUUCAGUUCCUUGUUCCUCUUCUAAUCUUAGGCUUGGCUCUUGGUAUCCGUUCUUACACCAAGACUCCUUCUUCUUGAGGACUCUAUUGGUGCUUUUGAGUGUUUGCCUCUGUACUACGUUGGGUACACUCUUUGCCUUUAUCUCUGCCUGUCUUGUAAGACAUCAGAUAUUAUAUUCUCUUUUGCAAUCAAGUGGAUCUGUGGUGUGAGAGAACUUUUGAUCUCAAAUCAUCUACCUUUGUUUCUUAUAUCAAUCAAAUCCAUUUACAAGGUCGA